AUGGGUUUUACUAGAAGGAAAGAAAACCCUGUUGAGAAACCCAUGGUCAUUUUCUUCACGUGUGUCAUGUGUCCUUGCCAUGGCCUGACUUGGGCGCUUCUUCCCACAGAGGUGGACGGUGGCUUCACCGAUAGCAUUCCUGUUCUGCCUACAGGGCGGACGGUCACCGUCUCGCCCUUUGGUGGCCGAUCAGACAUCUCCCCACAGGACAAGGGGCAGCCAGAGCUGUACAUUAAUGUCGCCAAUCAGAACUUAAUUCUGUCGGUGGCCAACCUGGUGAGGCUCAACCAAGCCCUUUUUCCACCGAGCAAGAGGAAAAUGGAAUCCCUGCACCAGUGUGGCUUUGAUGACGCCAUUAGGUUUCUACUAAAAGAAAAUUGGUUUGAGUAG